AUGGCAGUGCCCAUAGAUGAGGGCGUCUUAAGUGCCCUCAGGGGUAUUACCAGUCGCAAUACCCGACUACCCAAACCGUUGCUAAUAAAAGUUUAUGUCUCCAGUUUGAAACAAGAAUUUUGCCAGGAACGACGAAUGCUAUUGGAGCUCGUCGGCCCCGAACUGCAGUCCAUGUACGAUGAUCGACAAAUCGAAAUAGAAUUUGUCGAUAUGCAUUUUGGUACCGGUUCGCUGGAUAUCACACAAGUCGAAAAGGAUCCAUACAUUUUAGAGGAUUAUUUACACGAGAUUGAGACAUGCCAUCAGAAUUCGAAAAGUGUCUUCUUUUUGGCUUUAAUAGGCGACAGCAUUGGUCGGAUGCCAUUACCCACCCACUUGGCGAAGGAGAUCUACGAUAGCAUUGCGACAGAUGGCACUUUAACACACACAGAGCGUCAAUUAUUUGUCAAGUGGUAUUCAGCGGCGACGGCUGUAGCACCAGAGGACUCCACGGCGACUGAAACGUCGGCAGCGUUCAAAGGCAUUCAAUAUCAACUUAAACUGGACUAUCGCAACAUGGUAUUGGAAAAAUGGCACGAAGAAUAUGUGCAACUGCGUGACAUUAUUGAUAAAUGCCUUUUGCGUAUGCUUCGCAAUGGUGCGAUAGGCGGAGGAGCAGGAGGAAAUGCAGCAGCAGCAACAACAACAACGCCACUCACAGCCGAUAUGCAACAACAUUUACAAAAGUUAAGGCAAACACAAAUGGAACAGGAAGUGUUAAAAGCAUUGGAUUUGUCAAAUGAAAAAAUAUUGGCCGUCUAUCGGGAAUGGUCAUCGACUCAAUUGUCGGUCAAGGAUGCCGAGAGUGCGGAACGUUUGAGUAAACUUAAAGAUCAGCUGACAAUGAAUUUAUCGACAGAUAAUUAUACAACAUUGGUAGUACCUGGUAAUUGUUGUGAUACUGGCAUUGAUCCCGACAUUGAAGAGCACGAAACCUAUUUGAGUAAAUUUAAGAAUAAAGUCUUCGAUAAGCUGCGACAUCUGAUUGAGGAGCACAUCGCCAAUGAUCCGGAUGUUAUAAAGGGGCGAAAAAAGACUGUACAG